UAGCUAGACAUAUAAGACAGCAAACAUUAUAAUGUGACCAUCUGAUUCAUAGUACUCGUAACUCCUAAUUCCAAAAUCUACUGUUUUUUCUCUUUUUGUUUUAAUUUUAUUUACAUUUUUAAUUCCCUUUUAUCCCAAUAAAAAUCCAGGAAAUAACGCGACACGAGGUUUUGUUAUUUCACUUUCAAUGUCUGUUUUCUUCCCUUCAUUAACUCUUGUUUAGAAGACAGAAGAGAUCAAUGUCAGUGUAUAUAAAUAUCAGAGUAUUUUCUCUGUUACAAAACCAACAUUAUUUUGAAGUUUAAUGUAUACACUUUUUUUUUUCAACUUGAUUUGUUAGAAGUUGAGAGAUGGAUAAAGUGGAGGUUGGGAGAGUAGGAAGAUCCUCAACAAGUGAGAGAUUAGUAGAGGUAAAUUCGAUUAGUCCGACCCCGGAUAGCGCGAAAUUAACAUCAAUUGCCAGAAAAAGUUGUCAUAAACAAGUUCAACAACAUGAACAACACCCUAAAAGUAGAGGAAUGAAGAUGUUCAACAAGGUUCAAGUUGUGUAUUAUCUCACUCGGAAUGGGCAGCUCGAACACCCUCAUUAUAUGGAGGUCUCCCACUUAGCCACCCAACCCCUUCGCCUCAAAGAUGUCGUAGACAGAUUAGCGGUGCUAAGAGGGAAAGCAAUGCCUAGUCAAUAUUCAUGGUCUUGCAAAAGGAGCUAUAAAAAUGGAUAUGUAUGGAAUGACUUAACGGAGAAUGAUAUUAUCUAUGCUUCUGAGGGAUCUGAAUAUGUGCUCAAAGGAUCUGAACUCCUACAAGAGAAAGACUACUCUGAGAUAAGAUUAGAAGAGCUUCAAAUCAAAAGGGGGCAGCAAAGGCAAGACAGUCGCAUAAAAACAAAUGGAUUGGUGAUGAACAAAUCAAGUGGCACACAUGAAGGACAGAGUUAUAGACAAGUAGCAACCAAGCAUCAGGAACAAAAUGCUAUUGUUAAGAACUAUGAGCAUACUGACAAUAACAACGAUGAUGAUGAGGAGGAGGAAGAUGACGAAGAGAAGGGAAGCUGCAAUAGCUCAAAUGCGCCUUAUCCAGCUACUCAGAUGGAGCAAGAAGAAUCUUACUCCCUGCCUUCCACUUCUUCCACAAACUCGGACAAACAGCCGCCACCACCAACACAAGUAGCCAAAACAACUGCCUCAGAAUCCAAAAGAUAUGAUGAGAAAGGAACUACUAGAAUCAUUGAGGAGGAUGGGGAACCAGCAGUUUCCACAAGCUUGACUCGCAACAGCACGGUCCUCCUCCAACUGAUAGCAUGUGGAGGAGGUGGGAUAGCAGCUCCCCAGGACAAGGCCAAGGACAAACCCAAACCCAAUGUUGGGAGCAACAGAAACUUUAACUUCAGCAUGAAGAGUAGUUUUAUGCCAUGCUUGAAGCAGCAACUAAGUACUCGAGCUGUGAGUACAAGUAAUAAGGCGAUUCCUCUACGUGUUAAAGCAGGAGCAACAGGAAAUGAACAACCACCCUGCAGCAUUAAUCAGGAAGUGAGUAAGGAAUGUGAAGACGAAGAUAUGAUGAUGGUAAGGUACAUGUCUGAAAAUCCCCGGUUUGGAAAUUUACAAUCAGAAGAGAAGGAAUACUUCAGUGGUACCAUCGUCGAGGCCAUGAGUACUCAUCAUCAGCAUACUCAUUCUUCGGGCUCUGCCUCUAGUUACCCUCACCUCCCUCCUGUCUUCACCAAGUCUUCCUCCUACAACGAGCAAAGGAGCUGUAAGGCAGGACUACAAGCAGAAGCAUCAGUAGCCGACAUUGAUGAUGAGAAAGAAGACGCGAAAGUGAAAGGGUUUAUCAAAUUAUGUAUUCCUAGAAAGAAAAGUUUUUCUUCCACUGCUACCAAACAUAAUGCAUAAGUUAUGAGUUUAUGAAUCUCCCCCUCCCUUGUCAAACAACACAUCAGGUGUACUAGUUAGUUCCUUAAGUUGUUGUAGCAGCCUAGCAGGUGUAACAUACUAAAUGUCAGAGCAAUGUUUUUCUUAGGAAAGUAGGAAACUGGCUAAAUG